UUCGGUCAGAAACUUAGAAACCGAUCAUUGUCUGCGACAGCUCAAGCAGAAUCAUUGAGAUUUAAAUUACUCAAAGGUAUUCCCGCCCGAAGAAGUUGCUACGGAAUUAUUCGUAACGUAAUGGAGGCCAACGCUACCGGUUGUGAAGUCAUCAUUUCUGGAAAGCUUCGUUCUCUUAGAGCAAAGACGAUGAAAUUCUCUGACGGAUAUCUCAUUAAAGCAGGUAACCCAGCCAAUGUCUAUAUUCAAAAAGCAAUUAGAACCGUUUCCAUGAAACAAGGUGUGCUAGGUCUCUGUGUCACUAUUAUGCUUCCUUAUGAUCCAACUGGUGCUGAUGGUGUUUCUACUCCUUUACCAGACCAGGUAAUCAUUAAACCAGCUAAGACAGAAAACAAGUACUCUUCUGAGAUAGAAAUCGUUGAGUUCCAAAGUUCUGCCAUUUCUCACGGCAAAAACGCACGUGAAGCUGUAUUGACAAAUGCUUAA